UUUGGCAUAAAUAUGUGUGGAAGUACAACUGUAACAUGUUACAUUUAAGGCAACUCUCCAUCUCAGUGACUGUUCAUGUCAUUUCAUGCCUCACUGGAAAAGCUAUUUUAAUAUUGCACAUAAUUUUUCUGCAUUCAUAAAUACAAUACGCUUUCUUACAGGUUUAAAGGUCCUUUAUUAUCUGUCAUCAUGAUCAAACUGUUAAGUGUUGCCAUUGUUGCAGGACUGUUUUUCGAAAGCAACCAGCAGGAAAUUGCUGCCCUGCCAGAGAAGCUGUUCGUAGAAAAGCCCUGCUACUAUCCCACCAACAUUCGGUGCUGGACAGACUGGUUUGACAGGGAUAACCCCACCGGAUCUGGAGACUGGGAGACCCUCUUCAAUCUCCGUGAUGAAAACCCAGGAAAGAUCUGCCCUAAUCCGAUCGAGAUUCAGGCCAGGACUCUAUCUGGUCAAUCCGCGUCUUCAGCAGGGGAUGUGAUUUACAAGAGUGACACUACUGAUGGAUUCAUCUGCAGAAACUCAGACCAGACCUCAAAGAGGUUGUGCAAUGAUUAUCGUGUCCGUUUCAGCUGCCAUCCCCCUUUCUGUGGCCAGGGAGUGUGCUUCAGCGAUUGGUAUGACAGGGACAAUCCCGGUGGAUCAGGAGACUGGGAGCUGUUGAGGGACCUGAGGUCAGAAUUCCCAGGAGAAAUCUGUGACCACCCACUGUACAUUGAGGCCGUUACCACUGACACAAUGACCCCAGCCGUCGAAACAGGGGAGAUCUUUGAAAUCUACAGUCCCUCUAGGGGAUUUGUUUGCCGCAACACAGACCAGGCCUCUGGCUCCUGCAGCGACUACAAAGUUCGCUUUGGAUGCGCGUGUGAUCACGACGAUGAAGAAAAUGUUUAACUCUUAGAUGUAAGAAGAGAUGAGGCUCUUAGAUGUAGCCCUUAGCUCAAAUUUUUGCCAGCUUUCAUUUUAGCUUUUCAUGUGCCUGACAGCACUGAAUGUUUGCUUGCGGGAAAUAGCGGUGUUACUGCGGUGUUAGUGACAGUGGCCUUGGUGGUGGUCAAAUGUCCCAGUAAAUCAUAACAGUGAGCUGGCAUGUUUGAUAGUAGUUAAAUGGAAUUAAGCCACAGUCAAUUUUAUCAUAUAUGCUUAUGAAAUGUAUGCGGUGUUCGGUAAUAAACAGCAAAACGCUUGUCAUCAAGCUCAUUCAUAACUCACAGGUUGUGGUGUGAUUAAUGCUUUCCGACAGAUGGUCUGAACUGAUAUAAUAUACAGACUGCAGGAGGUGCUGGAUAGCAAAACUUUUCAGCAGCAGAGUAUGAAUCUGAAUUUCACUUUCACACAAUUUCAACCCAUA